GAUGGCCCCCCAGUCAGUGCCAGGCUCGUACUACGCAAGGUCGGUCCGGUCUAGGUGUCCGUCGCGGAUACGUGAUAUCAUAUCCAUCAUCAUCAUCAUCAUGGUGCUGGUGGCUCCUGCCUCUGCGGCGGAGGGAGUAGUAGCAGUAGUAAUAGCCGUUUGAAAAUCUUAAUAAAGACGCUCUUUUCGUUUUUAUAUUUACGGAUAGUCGCUGUGUCCGUGUGUGUACGGUUGUUCUAUACAUUUCAUCUCCGAUGCCAGGCCGAUUUUCGUCUGCGGUUCUCCUGGGGCAGCAGCAGCAGCAGCAGCAGCAGUCAGCCAUGAGUCUAGUAGCAGCAGCAGCACGUCAGGGGGAAUCGAGUUGACGUGGUGUACGUAGCUGCUACUACUACUACUACUACUACCACGACUACUAUUACUGCCACUGGCUGCUGCGAAGAGCUUCCUUAAUUCUUCUUCUUCCUACUUCCUCCUCCUCCUCCUCCCCCUCCUACAGUAGCAGGAGCAGAAGCAGUCGUAUUUUAGACGUCGUCUUCUCCUGCUAUGGAAGGGAGGAGGGUGGUAGCCGUCAGCCUGAUCGUGCUGGUUGGCUUCACCCUGGAACUGAUAACAGGUACGAUGGGUGCUUCGGACGACGCUUCGACUCUGAAAACCGGAGGACUGCUGGAAGCGACGACCAGCCAUUCCUCUUCCCCCUCUUCUUCUUCUUCUUCUUCCUCCUCAGCACCUUUGCCCUCUUCAGACUUUCCUCCUCCUCCUCCUCCUCGAUCUUCUGACGAAAGUGCCUCUCAAGGGCUUUCUCCUUCUCCUUCUUCCUCCGAAGAUGGCAGUAGUAGUGCCAGCAGCCUGGUGUGCUGGUCCUGCUCCUCCAGCAGCCACGGGAAUCCUUGCACCAACAUCGAUCCCACGAAUUCCACGACAGUCGAUGCCAAAGUCUGUGAACCAGACGAGAAAUUCUGCUGGGUGAAGCGUAUUUGGUACGUCGUGGAAACCAAGAGGGGUGAGGAGACUGUCGUGUUCAGCGUCAACAGAAAUUGUUCUGCUGAAUGUAGCCCCACCUGUAUAGUCAUAGGGGACAGAACUAAGAUUCACUCCUGCACGUCCUGUUGUACAGAAUCCCACUGCAACACGGACAACUCGUCCUCGUCGAGACAGACGAGCAACUUCCUGCUCUUGAUGUCUGCACUGAUGGUGGCCAUAGCCCCAGUGUUGAGCAUCUUGUCUUUGCCAGCUGCUCAUGCGGCAACAGGCAGCAGCAAAAGGCAUCAGCCCAUUCCGCUUCCCUCCGUCAUGGACACCACUUCUUCAGACGUCUUCCGUUUUUCGCGCCAAAAGCCAGGAAGUUUUGGGCGCCAAGACCUGACCGGGACUGUCAGAGAGCACCAGACGCAGCAGCUAGAACAGUCCCAGAGCUCUAAUGCACUCCACAACACCGCCACUUUCCAGUUGCUGUGUCUAUCUUCCAGCCGGCCCCUAUCCUCCAUUCCAGAAUCGUUUCCAGUUUCUGCAAGUGUUUCUUCUUCUUCAUCCUCUUCCAAGUCCUUUGACAACUUCUGAAAUAUUUUUUGAAACAAAGUCUUCUUUUUUAUGGUUCACAAUUCCCCGGCCCCCUGCGACAAGAUUUGUAUAAGAUAUACUUGACAACUUGUUUGGGACAAGUGGAAGAAACUGAUGAUAUCGGGGAUUCGGGAACGUUUCUCUAUAGAAAGAAAGACAAGGUUCCUGGGGAAAGUGGUGUGAAUUUUUUCUUAAUGUACAUAGAUGACUACGAUGUAAGGCCCAUAUUGAAUCUUUCCUGAAAGUAACUGUUGAUCAGUAUUUGUAUUUACUGUUUUUUUUUUUCUAUGUUUAGAGAAGAACAAGCUUUUAAAACAUUAAGAUGCCAUACCGUGGUAUAAUCAAAAGAAUCUAAGCAAAGUGAACCAUUAAGUGGAACAAGCUCUUAGCUUUCAAACUGCUACUUUUCAAUGUUAAAUGACGUAGCGUAGUGUAAUGCGAAAUAUGCAUGCACACUAACGAUAUAUAGUAUAUAUAUAUAUAUAUCUAUAUAUAUAUAUAUUGAGAUAGCUUUAGAAAAUACAAAAAUGCAAUAUAAGAAAGAAAGUAAUAAUAUAGUAGACAUGCAAGACGGUUGAAAAAAAAUCUGGUUGGUGUGGGAACUGAAAUUGUGUUGAAGUUAUCCACAUAAGUUUGCUAGAAAUUGAAUAGAUAAAUAAAAUCAAGAAAAAACUUCUUCCAGAUGGUACUGAAUCGCAAGAAUGUCCCUGAAGAAAAAAAAGAGAGGCUGUACAGAGCCAAUUUCAGGUCUACAGGUCUCUGAACCUCUGUCAAGGAUUCAAAUAAAUCCCUGAAGGAUUGUGAAGGUCAGGACAAGCUAAGUUUUGUUUAGUAGGGUGGCCCAGUAACCAGUGGUUCUCGACCUUUUUUGGCCAUGCACUUUUUAACCAUAUGUCAGAAUGUAAUCCACCCUCACAUCCCUUUCCAAAAUUGUCUGCCACAAAGUGCAUUUCAAGUUAUAUGCAACAAAAUACUAACACAAACGCCCAAGCUAGCAGAGAGAAAGCCCAGAGUGACCUCUCAGUAGUGCAGACCGAUGCACAUUGCAUUGUCUGUGGUCCUAGAGCCAGUUUGGACCUGCCAAUCUGUGGUCACAACCCCCUCCCGCCCUUAACUCUGAAAUUCCUCUCCAUCCCACCCCACUGGUUAAGAACCACUGGUCUAAACAGUAAGUUCAGCAUCUGGAUGGUUUACCGUUUCAGUUAUGCAGAAACGCAGGUCUGAGAGAAAAGACGAGUAUGUACUUGUGUGUCGCUGCUGAGCUGAAUUUGACAACAGUUGCAGAUAAGUAGGAAAACUGCUUUUAAGGCGAGGUUACGCUUCUCGCAAUUGUUCUAAAUUGGUUUCAGGUUUUUGGUCGCAGGUGCAGUUCAGAGUUUAUCUAUAUACGGGAAUGUGUUUACUUUUAGGGAAAAGGAAUUAUUAUUAUUAAUGAACGCAAUUUUUUCGUUGGUCAAUUCCAGAACGGUCCCCAAAAAUAGUGUUCAAAAGAGUAUCACAUAAGGAGAAAAUUCGUUCCAAGCGUAUAAUACCUUUUGCAUUUUUUCAGAGAUUAUUCAAACAUGUCUGCAUUUACAAAUUAUCUAGAUUUACAGUUUUGUCAAGCCACACUUACUCAGUUAAAAAUGCUAUAUUCUGAUGGAUUUUUUUUAUGCGAAAUAUACAAGAACAGUCAGCCUACGGUAUUCAUGGGAGAUGUGUAGUACUACAACACUCGCAAAUUUCUAAAAUCUGCGAAAAAAGCGCUUAGAGCUGUUUUGAUAGUUGAAACACGAAAAACCUCUAAAACUGCUUAUACUGGAGUAUUUUGAUAGUUUUAUCACAAAAAGUGCAUUUAGUCAUAAAAAUUAUAUGAAAAUACAGUAAUUAUUAGUGAAUAUGUCACUGUGGAAAAUACCGCGAAUAGGCAAAUCUUCAGCAAAUAUUGUGUAUAUACGUUCCAUACAGAAAACCGUGAUUAGGCGAGUCCGCAAAAUGCGAGACUGCAACUAGUGGCGGUUGACUUUAGGCCAAAUUCAGAUUUCCCAUACCAUAUUAGAGGCUGUUUGGUAGAUUCUUGUUGCCAAAUAGUGCAAGACAGUUUUGCAACCUGUUUUGAUUUAUUUUUUUAUAUAUACUUUCAGUUAUCACUUAGCCUUUGUAUUUUACGAGAAGAUGAACUGGAUUCGUAACAGUUUCAGUCAGUUGAUAAAGAGACUCGUAUCAACUCCCUUUGCGCAGAAGUGAUCAACUAAGUACGGAAAUUCAAGAGAAAACGCGAACGAGAUAUAACGUAUGGCAUUUAGUAUGCAUAUACCUGUAUACGUACUAUAUAUGUGUAAUGAAUUCUAUGUACCUUAUGUAUAUAGUAUAUAUAUAUAAUUCCACGACAUGUUUAUUUUCAUUUUUUUUAUUUUGUGUAACCUAUAUAAGCUUGGUAGGGGAGUGAUUGAGUCACUCUGGACAUUUUGCAUAGUGUUAGUUUAAACAGAAAAUGUACAACUUUUCAAUUGAUACAUUCCUCGCUUUCCUUCACCUUAAACUGGACUAACUCUGUGGUAUGUAAGUGCUGUAUAUAUAUAUAUAUAUAUAUAUAUAUAUAUAUAUAUAUAUAUAUAUAUAUAUAUAUAUAUAUAUAUAUAUAUACUUUAGAAAAUAAUUUUAUGGAACGCACACGUCAUUCCUCAGUUAAUAUAUAAAGUUGUAAAGAACUUAAAAGAACUUUGUGCUAAUAAUGCUCUCUCUCUCUCUCUCUCUC